AGCUCGCGGUUUGGCGCCAUGGUGAAGCUGACGGCCGAUUUGAUCGAGCAGGCGGCGCAGUACACGAAUGCUGUGCGGGACAGGGAGCUGGACCUGCGGGGCUACAAAAUCCCAGUUAUUGAGAACCUUGGAGCCACACUGGACCAGUUUGAUACAAUUGAUUUUUCAGACAAUGAGAUAAGGAAGUUGGAUGGAUUUCCUUUACUAAAGAGACUUAAGACUUUAUUAUUGAACAACAACCGGAUAUGUCGUAUAGGGGAAGGCCUCGAGCAGAUGUUGCCUAAUUUAACAGAAUUGAUUAUCACCAACAACAGUAUUAUGGAACUGGGUGAUCUGGACAACUUAGCAACUCUUAAAAGCCUCACCUAUCUCAGUCUAUUAAGAAAUCCAGUCAUUAACAAGCGGCAUUACAGACUGUAUGUGAUCUUCAGACUUCCACAAGUUCGUGUGUUGGACUUCCAAAAAGUCAGACUAAAAGAGCAGGAGGAGGCAGCGAAUAUGUUCAAGGGCAAGCGGGGUGCAGAGCUUGCAAAGGAUAUUGCCAAGAGAUCAAAAACAUUUACACCUGGUGCAGGCUUAGCAGCAGCAGCAGAGAAGAGGAAGACUGGACCUUCUCCUGGUGAUGUAGAAGCUAUAAAGAAUGCCAUUGCCAAUGCUACUACCCUGGCAGAAGUAGAACGACUCAAAGGCUUGUUGCAGUCUGGUCAGAUUCCUGGCAAGGACCGUGCACCUGGAAAUGAGGUUUUCAUUUCGGAGGAAGCUGAUGAUGAAGAAAUGGAGGAAGAAAUGGUUGCUAAUGGGUCCUAAACUGUUUCUUUUUAUUUUUGUUUUAUUGUAAAUGUUCUUCU